CAUCAGCUCUAAGUUUUUAAGAAAAUAAAAUAAAAUAAAAAAUUUCCAAACCCCUCUCCUUUUAAAACCAAACCCAAACCCUAGUAAUCCCAUUUGGUUCGCGAAAUCUGGAUUUGGAUUUUGCUUUUGAUUAAUGGCUGGAGAGCGCAGCAGAGAUAGGGAUCGGGAAAGGGAGAGAAGAGGGCGAAAGGAGAGUGGAGAGGAAAGAGACGGUGAGUAUGGAAGUCGGGACAGGCAUAGGGAGAGAAGACGAGAUAAGAGUGAUAGGGAUAGGGAUAGGCGCAGAAGAUCGGAGAGAGACGACGAUGAUAGGAAGCAAAGAAAGAAGAAAGAGGGUAGGGACGGCCGGUAUGAUAGAGAUAAGGAGAACGAAAAGGAUAGGAGACUCGAAGAUAGUCAAAGGGAAGAGGGGGAGUUGGUUGAGGAUUCCAAAAAAUCCAAUUCGCGUGUGGAGAAUGUGAAUGCGAAUGUUAAUGGUAAUGCAGCUUUGAGUUUGGGAAGAAGUGGAGGUGUUUAUAUCCCGCCUUUUAAGUUGGCAAGGAUGAUGAAGGAGGUGGAAGAUAAAAGCAGUGUUGAGUAUCAGCGUUUGACAUGGGAUGCUCUUCGUAAGAGUAUAAACGGGCUUGUUAACAAGGUUAAUGCUACUAAUAUAAAGAAUAUCAUUCCUGAAUUGUUUGCUGAGAAUAUGAUUAGAGGAAGAGGUCUGUUUUGUCGGUCGUGUAUGAAAUCACAAAUGGCAUCUCCUGGUUUUACCGAUGUGUUUGCAGCUCUGGCUGCUGUUGUUAACACCAAAUUUCCUGAGGUGGGUUUGCUUUUGUUGAGAAGGAUGGUUUUGCAGUUCCAGAGAGCUUAUAAGCGGAAUGACAAGCCACAAUUACUAGCAGCUGUUAAAUUUAUAGCACAUUUAGUAAACCAACAAGUGGCUCAUGAGAUUAUUGCUCUAGAGUUGCUCAUGCUUCUACUGACCAAACCAACCGAUGACAGUGUGGAAGUAGCUGUUGGUUUUGUCACUGAGUGUGGAUCAAUACUUCAAGAUCUCUCACCAAGAGGACUUCAUGGUAUUUUUGAGCGGUUUCGUGGAAUUCUUCAUGAAGGAGAGAUAGACAAACGUGUUCAGUUCUUGAUUGAAGGCCUGUUUGCUAUAAGGAAAGCCAAAUUUCAGGGUUACCCGGCUGUUCGUCCAGAGCUCGACCUUGUAGAGCAGGAAGAUCAGUUUACGCAUGAGAUAUCCCUUGAUGAUAAGGUGGAUCCAGAGAUUACACUUGAUAUUUUCAAACCAGAUCCUCAGUUCCUGGAGAAUGAAAAACGUUAUGAAGAAUUGAAGAAAACGAUCCUCGGUGAGGAGUCUGAUGAUGAAGAAGGCUCUGAUGCAGCUUCAGGUGAUGAGGAUGAGGAUGAUGAUGACAACGACGAUGAAGAGUCUGAAGAAGAUGAUGAAGAGCAGAUGCAAAUAAAAGAUGAAACUGAAACGAACCUUGUAAAUCUUCGGAGGACAAUUUAUCUAACAAUUAUGUCCAGUGUAGAUUUUGAAGAGGCUGGCCACAAACUUCUGAAAAUCAAACUAGAGCCGGGUCAAGAGAUGGAGUUGUGUAUUAUGCUCUUGGAGUGUUGCAGUCAGGAGAGAACUUAUCUUCGGUAUUAUGGUCUUUUGGGGCAGCGGUUUUGCAUGAUAAACAAAGUCUAUCAAGAAAAUUUUGAGAAAUGCUUCGUCCAACAAUAUUCAAUGAUUCAUCGCCUUGAAACCAACAAGUUACGUAAUGUUGCCAAGUUUUUUGCCCAUUUACUCGGUACAGAUGCUCUGCCUUGGCAUGUUCUGGCCUAUAUUCGUUUAACUGAGGAGGACACGACUUCUUCUUCCCGUAUCUUUAUAAAGAUUCUCUUCCAGGUAAGUGAAGAGUUGCUCAAUUGUCUUUUUAUUUAG